AUGCACUGGCUUCCCCUGGUUGCCAUGGUGAUCGCCUCGGCCCUGCCCUUCCCUCAAAGUCCCGUGUCCAGAACCGUCGCUGCAACAGCCCCCACCGAGUAUGACGCAAGCCAUGACAGCUCCAGAAAGGACCGUAAUGACUCUUCCAGCCUCCUCACACCUCCUGCUCAGCUUCCUCUGGACUAUAACUCACACGGAAAUUCCUCGCAGAUGCACGACAGCGUGGCUCCUGAACUUGGUAAAGAUGCCAGCAUGCAAAAGCAGCACACCACGCUCAGUAAGGUUGAUAACAACCGCCUGUCAAGUAGCAGCUCAAACAGUGAUAACCUAACUCACAUCAGUAUAGAUGGACCCAGAGAAGGAGAGAGACUCAAGAACUCGAACUGUAAGAGUGAGAAGUAUGUUUCCGAGGACAAUCUUGUGCCAGAGGACUACAAACCUGUCAGCAAUGGUACGGGAAAAGACACAGGUUUUGCAGACUUUACCACACAGGAAAAACCUCAUGACUCUCUGGGUGGUAGAGCCGAGAGAAAUGGCGACAGAUCGCUGCAGGUUUCUGAGGUAGAAACCCGCGGUGGGGAUGUCAGUCAUGCUGCUAGUGUCCAAGGUCAAAGGAGAUUGAAGACUACAGUCCCUAGGGAGCAGCCAAGAACGUUAACAGAGAUGGAAACAGGGAGCCUGUUGAAGAAGGCCGAGGAGAGUCAGCAGGCACCAGGGAAUGCGGGAGAUCCGGAGCAGUUUGAGGAUGGUUUAAGGAUAGAAGCCGGGCUCGGUCUGGGUCUGAGGAUUGACGUUUUGCAGGAAGGGGAUGAGAUGUUUUUGGACGCACAUCCACGGGUACUGUUCUCCUCCUCCCCUUUACCCCCAAGGCAGCCCCCUCUCCUCCUUAUGUUGGAGUCUGGGUUGCUUCCAGAGGAGGUGGAAGGGGAGGAGCAGGACGACCUGUUGGACAUGGAUGGACACAUCGAGGGGCAUGGGGACAGGGCAAUUGAAAGGAGCGAUGGCCUCAGAGAAGCCAGCGACGCCGUCCGUCCAGUCAAAAGGAAUAAGCGCUCACGCCUGUCUGACACCAGGAGGGGGGAACGGCCGGUGUGCGAGUCAGAAAGCGUUUGGGUCACCGAUAAGAAAACGGCAGUUGACUCCCAUGGUCGCAUGGUCACCAUUUUGCCAGAGAUCCAGACUCAAACGGGACCGCUCAAGCAAUACUUCUAUGAGACGCGCUGCCGCAGGCCUGAGCAGCGGAGGGACAUGGGACGGUCCCGUGGGUCAAGAGAUGCAAGCGGGGUAACAGUAGCGGGGCAGGGGGUGGCUGGGGCGAGCUGCGUGGGGGUGGAUAAGAAACAGUGGGUGAGUAAGUGCAAGGCCAAACAGUCCUACGUCCGAGCUCUCACCAAGGACACCAACAACCGAACCGGCUGGAGGUGGAUCCGCAUUGACUCAUCCUGUGUUUGCGUGCUGCUGUCCCGAGCGAAAAGGGAGUGGGGAGGGGUGGCAUAA